GCACCUAUGGAGCACAGCAAAAUGCAUUUUAUUAAUGUUACAGUGUGGAGAACUAGACCAGUCUGGCUAUUUCGUUACAGUAAGAGGAGGGCAUGAAAAUGACAGACCAUCAUCGGAAAACUCUGAUGAGGAAACUCUGGGAAGAGGAAGAGAACCUGAACUUAAGUUGUGGAUCUGUGAUCUCUUAAAUAUUAAUAAAAUUGGGGUUGAAAACACAAACUAUUACAGUUUUCGUGGGAUUUCUGUUAAUAUUGUUGACAUCUACGCUGUAAUCACAGCGGUCCUACAAAAUAAAUUUGGAGUAAUAUACAAAGUAGAUGAUGGAACCGGAGAAAUUUGCUGUUGGCAUAGCCGGCAAGCUAUGGAAGAUCGUGAAGGUUUGAAAAAGAACUUGUCAUCAGUUAUGGAGAACAUUAUGACAAGUAGCACUGCAACAACAUUUAAUGACACUUUGUUAAGUUCCUCUGAACCUGAUGAGGAAGAGGCCCUUCCUUCCCAGUCUGCCGUAGAACAAGCCGCACACUGGAUGAAAGAACAGAUCCUUGCUCACUCAGAAACAAGCUCCGAUUCACUCCAAGUGGGAAAUACAGUACAGAUCAGAGGUAAAUUGUCAGACUUCAGAAACGAGCGAUGCAUCGUCAUCUACAAUGUAAGACCUGUUUAUGACAUUAAUGAAGAAACAGAUCGAAGAUUCGAGUUAAUUAGUCUUUAUGAGACUGUUUAUUUGCAUAACAGAACAUGACAGUAUCAUUACAUUUGUUCCAUCAACAGUAAUGAUUAUCGUAAUGUUUUGUUAUAUCACAAAAUGUUUAUUAAAUAUAUGUCAUUUGAUUACGUACAAUAA